UUGCGUUGGCACAUCUCGCCACGGUUGUGGGUCGGUUUUUCAUAAUAGGAGUGCAGUGUUAAUUCGUGACUCGUUCAUAUAUUAGUGCUGUUCGAGGUCACAGACGGCACUAUAUUUUGAACGUGAGCUCAUUCAUCCAAUUAAAAGGUGUUUUGGUGAAUUUAGUGAUUUUUUAAGUCAGAGUGAAGGAUAUAAUAAAUUUUCAACAUAAAAUCAACCGUAAAUAUAACAAAUAUAACACAGUGUCGAUAAUUGUUUACGUGCAAAUGAUAUGAGGCCUUCGUCAUAUUUAUAACCUCCAACAGUACGAUGGCUGAGAACAAAGAUCAAUCGCAAGGUGGCGGCUAUCCACAGGCCGGUUAUCCCCAAGGAGGUUAUCCUCCUCAAGGCGGCUAUCCUCCUCAGGGAGGUUACCCUCCUCCAGGCGGCUAUCCUCAGGGAGGGUAUGCACCACCACCGCAACCUGGAUUCCAGCCUGCUGGAUAUGGAGAGGGCUAUGGACAACCAGCAUACCCUGGCCCCGGCGGCAGCCUCGGCGAGGAUGCGGACGUCAAGGGCUUUGAUUUCAAUGAGCAGAGCAUUCGGAAGUCUUUCAUCCGAAAGGUGUACUCCAUCCUGAUGUGCCAGCUGCUGGUGACGAUGGCCUUCAUCACUCUGUUCGUGUAUCACCAACCCACCAAGCUCUGGGUCCGCACCCACACCUAUUUAUUCUGGAUCGCCUUCGUCAUAGUGUUCGUCUGCCUGAUCGCGAUGGCGUGCUGCGAGAGCGUGCGGCGCCAGGCUCCCAUGAAUUUCAUCUUCCUCGGCAUCUUCACCGUCGCCGAGAGCUUCAUGCUCGGCGUCACCAGCAGCAUGUACGAUAGCGACGCGGUAAUGAUGGCGGUGGGUAUAACGGCGGCCGUGUGCCUCGCGCUGACUCUGUUCGCGUUCCAGUCUCGAUGGGACUUCACGGCCAUGGGUGGAGUCUUGCUUUGCGCUACCGUCGUGCUCUUGCUGUUUGGUAUUAUCGCGAUAUUCGUACGCGGAAAGACGAUGACUCUAGUCUACGCGUCUCUCGGAGCUCUGAUCUUCUCUCUCUACCUGAUCUACGACACUCAGCUGAUGAUGGGCGGCAAGCACAAGUACAGCAUCUCCCCCGAGGAGUACAUCUUCGCGGCUCUCAACUUGUACCUCGACGUUGUCAACAUCUUCAUCUACAUCCUCACCAUCAUCGGCGCUGCGAAGGACUAAUGCGUGCGGCAACCCUUAUACUGUACGUUCUUCAAUUUUGUUUAAAUUAGGGCCAACGAUAAGCGAUACUAAGAAAAACUAUGUACUUUAAACGUAGGGCUGGCAAGAAGCGAUACUUUAUUUUACAAAACUACACGAAAACCAUUGUUACCUAAUACGUUACCUCUACUUGCGGCAUCCGUAUUUCUUUGGCGCGUCCAUUGCUACUGACUUACGUUGAAUGAUGGCAUCCUCGUCUGAUGCAACUGGCUCGUACUGCCAACUUCAGCGCAGGCGAUGCUGCUGACUUUUGCUGCUUUGGUCAAACCUUAUAUAACCCGACAAGUGAUGCGUUCUUGAGUGCUAGUAUCUUACAGCUUAUCUCGGAUUCUCGGUUACAUUAACCAAAUAAUUUAUUCCCAGAGGUUGUAAGAAAAAGAUGUAUAGUUUUUUCUUACAAUCUCUGCGAAUAAAUUAUGGCGCCUUACAAGCCUUAGCAGUACCUUAGCGUACACCGUUAGCACAGUGCACGACAGAGGGAACCUCUAACAAAAUGUCGAAGCUUCAACGUCACUGGCAGGCGUCAAAUGUUCCCUCACUUUAGAAGCCCGUACAGCUGCAGCUGUCGAGGAAGUAUUGUUUCAAAGACUUGCCCACCAAAUCCAAGACAUUAGCUGCUGACAAAACUAUUCCACAUAAAAGUUCUUGUUUAAAAAAAAAAACUUUUUUUGCUUUAAAUGUAUCGCUUUUCGAAGGCUUUAACUAAGUUUCGGUUAAAUACGUGCUUGACGUGUUGUUUUGGAAUGAUUUAUUUCUAUUUUUUGUGCGGAUAGUGAAUUUUUUUAAAUUAUUAUAUGAUUUUUUUAAAUCUUAAUAUGUGCAAAGUAGGAAAGGUCCCUGCGAAUAGUAAAAUGUAUCUUCGCAACUUACAGGCCUUUUCUUCUUAGGUGACUUUUUUUAGUACCAAACCACCAUAUUGCACUUCGCCAGUGUAAAGUAGCUGGAAGAAGGCACGAUGGAGAUUGGCCGGUGAAAAUGUGCCAAUUUUCUGAAUAUUGUAUUUGAAUAGGCUUUAAAUCAUAUUUGUUAGUAAAAUAUACUAUAAUAAAUACUAUCACGAUAUACAUCAAAGAGACAACCAUUAAUAGAUUAAAAAAAAAAUUGGGGAACUACUAAUAUUAGCCUACUAAUAUUGGACUUCUAUUUAAUUUUAUUUGAUGUAGGUAUUAUUUAGCAUGUUUGCGUUUUGUUCAUACAGAAAAUGUCAAUAUUCAUUUCGUUUUCAUUCAUUGUGUUUGAUUACAUGCGUUAUAAUAGGUUUAAGUAUAUAAAAUAAAUAAAUAAAUAAAUAAUAUCAGUUUUCGCCUUGUGAUAAAAAAAAAUUAUACAAUUUUUUAAUAACCGUAAAUAAAAUACAAAUGUUAGCUUCUCUUACAUUCCAUAAAACUUUACUAUUCACUGUUCCAUACAGAAAAAAAAAACAAUGUGAUAGAAUAAUAUUAUUUAUGGACUGAUUAGAAUAAAACACGUCAAGUGCGAUCACUAUUUAACCGCACCACAGACAAUAAAGUGUCAUUUCUAAAAAAAUAACCUGAUUUGAGGUAACCUUGGUGUUCAACUUUGACAGCCAACGAACAAUUGAAUUUGAAGGUUUCCUUUUCAAUAACGGAUCUAUGGUUAGAUUGAAUAUGGAGAUAAAGAUAAGAUAAAGCGUUUAUCUUAUCUUUACCUCCAUACGUUAUCUUUCUUUAAAUAUUUUUGUUAUCUUUUAAUACUUUGUUUAGAUAAUAAUUAGAAUAUGUAUUUUUUCGUUUGCUGUCAUAGUUACUUGAAAAGCAAAGUUAUCCUAAUCCUAGUUACCAGUCUUGACCUCGACUGAUAUUAUGUUUUAAAAACUUUUCGAAUACUUACUUAAUACAUACAAGCUUAAAACCUGAUUGCAUACUUACACCAAUAUAUACAAAAAACUAUUAAACUAAAAUUUGCCUAAACGUAAUGCUAUCCAUUUAUAAAUUAAUAAUAAUAAUUCAAUCUGUGUAUAUGUUACUGAUUGCUGACAUUAAUAAUAUUAUAAUCUGUAAUAUGUCGAUAAGUUACUUAGCAACAUUGUUAUCUGUCAAAAAUUUUAUUUUAUUUUUUGACAAAAAAUAACAAUAUUGCUAAGAAACGAAAGAUUACAGAUAGAUUGUAUUAUUAAUUUUGGUGUAUAUUUUAGUCCAGUCAAUUUUUCUUGUGAAAUUUUCGUACAUCCCAUUCAUCAAAAACCCUAACAUUGAAAUACCGUAUUUUGGUUUAUAGUUUUUUGUACAAAAUAUUUGGUUAUUGUUUAAAAUACAUAUUUUUAAAUACUUGUUCGUAUGUUUUAGGAGCGAUUUAUGGCCGAAAUUGGUAAUAAUUGAUAUAUCAGUUAUUGUUGUUGUUAUUUGUCAAAAAAGAAGAUGCAAUUAUUGCGAAAUAACAACGUUGCUAAUCAACUUGAUGACAGAUUACGGGUAGAUUGAUUUAUUAUUAUUAAUUCCGGCCUGUAGCGAUUAAUAAUUUAAUUGAUUUAUUUUUUAAUAUUGAUGUUAUGUAAUCUAAAUAAAAAUGUGUUUGAAUCGAAUAGUUAUGCUUAUAUGAAUUAAACCUAUGUAUAUUCGAAACUUAAGAUGAAUUCGAAUAUUUAGUGACUGCUCACUGCUGCACUAAAAUAACUAAGAUCCUUAACUAUAUAACUAUAAUAAUAUUAUACUGAUGUACCUACGCCGUUUAUUAAAAAAAUAUAAAAUAUUAUAAAACCUACAGUUAGACGUGUUUUGCCCUAUUUAAAAAUAUUAUCAUUUGAAUGGGUAAGAGUAAGACAAAACACAUUUUUAACUUUUUAUAAAAAAGAUAUUUAGAACUUAAUUUUUUCAAUAGGUUUAUUGGAUUAUUUUGAAAAUAUAUUUUCGUCCACGAUCUUUAUGUAUGCAAUUAUUCUAAAUGUACAUUGUAUUUAACAUGAUAUAUGUAUAACAGACCAUAAAAUUGUUCCACUCUGAUUGAAUGUCAUUUGCACAUUAUAUGCAGUUUUAUGGUCGACUAAUGUGUAAAUCGUAAAUGUCGUCAAAACAAUUUGAGACGUGUUACAUAGGCAAUAGGGACGCAUUUGAAUUGCGCGUCUUGUGUUAAUUCGGAUUAUAAUAUGAGAGUAUUAAAAAAUAUACCUUCCUUUUCUGCAAGAAACGUUAUGAGAAGGAUGGCACUAGUUUAUUCUUAUUUAGUUUCUGUACAACCGAAUUUGCACAAUAUAACAGUUUCAGAUAUUAAAAUAAAUUGUAUUACUGUUAAUUUAUAACAAGCUCUAGCUCAAUGCCGUAGAGUUUAUUAUUGCAAAAUAUUUUAUUCGUCAGUGUGAUUUAUGAGAUUUGUGUAGUGUCAUCCUUUUCACAUUGCUCUAUGAUGGAGAGGACGGAACUAUAUGCGGUUUGAUUAAGAGCUGUAUUUCGUCGUUGUAAUUUUAAGUAUUGCUAAUAGAUGGAGCUUGCAAACUGAGACAGCUAAUAUAUGUAAAGAUCACAGAUUAGCAAUACUACAGUUUGGAAACGAAUCAUACUACAACAAGCUAUUGCUAACCUUUUGCAUUGCAAUGUUCAAAUCACGCUAUAGUUCGCAUUCACGCUCAAACUCACGGACAAUCGAUGUCGUGCAUUACAAUGAAACCACGUUUUUAGACUAACAGCUGAAAUUAAUAACCAAUAUUAUUCGUAAUUCGUCGAUAAGUUACUUAGCAACAUUGUAAUUUGUAUAAAUGGUAUGGUCUUUUUUGACAAAUAACGUAACGACGCUGCUAUGCAACUUAUCGACAGGUUACAGAUAGAUUGAUUUAAUUAAUUUCAGCUUUAAGCAAGUUUUUGGAAUUUGUCACAAUCAUACUUAUGUAUAUGCUGCUAUCUAGUUUCUGAACUGUGUGAUUGCUAAACUUUGCUAAAAAUUACUCAACUGUUUUGUUUACAAAUUAAUGUGAUAUUGAUUUUUUUCUCUGCACAGGGUGUUAAAAAAUAGCACUAAAUACUGUGGGAUUCAAUACUUUAGUCAAGAUUUGCCAUAUUAUUAGCGGCAAAUUGCGUUUAAAAAAAAAAUCAUUGAAAUUCCAGAUUUUUUCGGAACAAAACCAUUUUUUCGUAUUUUUUAUUAUUUCCAGUGAAGUGAUGGUAUGUCGUGCUAUUUACUAGACACCCUUUAUUCAUAUUAUGUAAUUUUAAAAAGAAGAGUUCAAAUAUGUUUUUUUUCACAAAACAUGCUGUAUAUACUUAAGCAAUGGCACAUUGAUUCUCAGCAAGGAUCUAAAGUAUUUAUAUUGUAAGGGUUUUGUUAUGUUCAAACUUUGAUUUUUAUUAAAAUUAACGUAAUAAUACC